AUGAAACUUCCGCCAGGAUAUGUGGCGGGUUUAGGUGUCCAUAAAGCCACAGCUUAUGGCGGCCUUGGACAACGGCUCAUGGAACGCAUGGGCUGGAGCAAAGGACAGGGACUUGGCAAGGAGAAGCAUGGAAUGAAGGAUGCAAUUGAAGUGAAAAAGAAGGAGGACACUCUGGGGGUUGGCGCAAACGGGGCCUGGAAUUGGGAGCAGAAGUACUGGGAGGACGCAUACAACUCUGCCAUUCAAAACAUUAACCAUUCGCUAACCGUCAAUCGUGACGGCACACUGGCUACCGCUAGUGAAGCGGAGCUUCGCAUCGCGGCGGAGCUAGCGAAGGAUCCUUGGGGAAGGUGGGGGGGUCGCGCGGGUAAGAUGGCCCGCAUUCGCGCUCAGGAGCAAGAAGAGGCGAAUCGGGCUCGGGCCAAGUUGGGCUUGCCGCCACUGCCUGUCGCGACGGCGCUGCCACCAGCAUUCGAUGGCGAUGACAGCAGUAACAGCAGCAGUAGCGGGGAGGAUACUGACAGCGAUGGGCCCAGCACCCGCGGUCGCCGAGGGAGGGGCGUAUCCCAGGGGAAGGACAAGGGGGCGGGGGAGAGGCAGACGAAGAGGGACAAGGCGGCAAAUGGAAAGGUGAAGAAGAUGAAGAAGAAGGCAAAGGAAAAGAAGGAGCCGACGGAUGCGGGCGGCAGUGGUGAAGAAGGCGUGAAUGACAUGCCGGACUCGGCGGCCCCUGCUAAGCCUGCCCCCAAGCGAGUAGUGGUGGUGGUGGGCAGCGAGGCGGCCGUAGCGGCACGGCUCAAGAUGUUCGCUUCAUUUAGGCCCACGCCUGCCACGGGCUGGUGGGGUGCUAAGAUGUUUUCAAGUGCGGGGCUCCUGGAGAGCCUGGAGGACGAGACGGCUGGGGACCAGCGCCUGACGGAGGCUGCGGAGCGGCAGGCGGCGGAUGAGGCGGCAGGGCGGGUGUCGCUGGGGGGCACAGCCGCGGUAGCGGCCGGGCAGCGGCGGGGCUUCAACGAGGACGACCAGGCUGCACUUUACAAGCGGGUACAUGACUUUCAGCGCGUUGGGCGGAGGGGCCUCGGAAAGGGGGAAGUCAAGGUGGGGGGGACAAAGUGGGCGGGUACGAAGAAGACCUUUGGGGAGGAGGGCGAUGACGGCGAAGAUGGCGAUGACGAAGAGGAGGGCGGCGGCGGCCGCGGCGGCAAGGACGAGGAGGAGGAGGAGGAGGAGCAGCGACAGGUCCGGAAGCAGGGCACGGCGAACGAAGCCGGAAAUUCGGGGCGCGAAAAGGAUGUCGAGGAGGAAGAGGAGGGCGAGGAAAGGAGGAGAAGGAAGAGAGAGAAGAAGAAAAAGAAGGAAAAGAAAGGGCAGGAGGAAGACACGGCUGAGGCGGCGGGUCCCGCAGAAGGUAGCGCCGCAGCGACUGAGAAAGGGGCUGUCAAAGCGGGAGAGAAGAAGACGAAGAAGAAGAAGGAGAGGCGACAUCAGGGGGAGCAGGAGCAGGCGGAAAAGGUUGUCUCAGAGGGGCAGCAGGUGCAGGAGACGGCGGAGCAGGAUGGCACUACCGCUUCUAGGAAAGCGAAAAAGCGAAAGGUAGGUAACAUGGACGCCGGCGCAACGACCGCGGUGCCGGUUUUGGAGCUCCCGCAGCCACGGCGGCAGCAGCAGGAAGACAAGGAGAAGGCAGCACAGGAGUCACUGGCGGCAGGGGGAGCUGCGGCUACUGCCGCCUCCACUCCUACCACUGCGGACGCCCCGAAACCCAAGUGGCUCAAGCUGGCGCGAAUGGUGCUUAAGAAGUCAGCUGAGCGUCGAGUGAAGCUCCGAAAGGUUAUUGCGGAGCUUGUGCUGCACGCUGAAGAGCAACACCGUAACCACCAUCAACACAACCACCACAACCACCAUCACAGCGGACGCGAGCAUGGGCAUGAAGGCAAGGAGGGCAACAGCGGCAAGAAGAACAAAACCAAGAAGGAUAAGAAGGGCGAACAGGGUGCAAAGUCGUUCCUGUCCGCAACAGUGGAAGAUUCGACGGCAAAGGAUGCGGGUGGGGCCAGCAGCGGCAACAGCAAUACUAGUCCUUGGGAUCACGACGUUGUACGGCAGGCGCUGGAGCGCAAGAUCCGGAAAAGCAACAGCGGAUUGGCGAUUGACGGGAAGUUCCUCACGAUGGAACCUUUAUAUUCCGUAGCAAUCAUCUUCCACAACUCAAAAUAA